AUGGAACCACACAGGAGGACUAGAGUCCCGAUCCAGAGGCCAGGCAAAGAGAGAGAGAAACUACCCUCGGCACUAUCCCAAGGGAUAUGUAUUAGAGACUUCUUGAACCUAGAAUGCAAGAAUAAACGACAUAACAGCAUCAUGAAAGAGCAACAAACAGAAGUCCCAAGUCAGGAAGAGGCCCCAAACCAGAACCAGCAAGCAGCAGAUCAGGGAGGAUCCAAGCCAGGUCUCGGUAAGCUGAAAGGAGAGGCAGUACAGCCCGACCGAUGGAGCCUCCCUCGCACAGGCUGCCACACCAGGGGGCAGGGGCGGGGGAGGAGGGAUCAAGCCCCAGUCCGUGAGCUCCAUUUGUGGGUGAACAAAGCCGGUCAACUGAUCCUGCUCAUCUGCACACAACUCCAGUGUGGGAAGCGUAUUGUCAUUAAGACAUAUAAAUUGAGUCAGAGAAUCUGGCUGUCACUCUGUGGAGCGGAUGACAAGGAGGCAGCACUGGACAUACAGGCACAGCUGCUGCUUUACAGAAGGAUGAAAGAAACUCAUGUUGUAGCAGCCUAUAUACUAUCUCUACUUAUUGCAAGCAUAGCAGCUCAGUCCUCCCAAGAAAGGGAAUGGAAAUCCUUGGGAAAUCCAUACAACAGGGAUUUGUUUUUCAAGUUCUUGAAGUCUUAUAUCACUGGGAGGGGAGCACACAUGAUGAAUCCUGGGAACAAGGACAAGCUUGCAAGUGAUUCAAGUACUAAUGGAGAGUCCAAGUACAGCAAUCUGCGGCAAUAUAUGGACAACAAUGAAAUUGUGGACAUCUAGACAAUGACACCAGGCAAAAUGUGCAGGGUGUCAAAAACAUGCAUAUGUUGGCAAGUUGGAAUACCGUAUCAUGCACUGGUCCUUCAUGCAUUGCUUUACUUUGUUUUUCAGACUUAUAUCGAACAUUCUGUACAUAUAGUUUUGUCAUAUUUUAAAUGAACUGAAAUUAGAUUAUUUUCAUCUGCUGGAAUAAAGCUUUGUUGUGGU